GAUUCAGAAGAAAACACUUAACUGAAGAAACUGGUCUUUGGAUACGUAAACCAUUUUAGCUGAACCGAAACAAAAGUGUGAACAUGGCUCUGCUUCCUGACAAGAGCUCCAAUGGGAUAGAACUCUUAGAUCUUAUGUUUGAGCAGGCUGAUGGGAACUCGGCUUCUGAAGAGCUUCAGGUUAACCCGGCCUGGCCAUUUCUGGAUCAAAGUUUACUCUCCCACAGUGGAGAUGGAGCUGAUCAUUUCCUGGACUCCUUGCUGAAUAUGUGUGAGUGUGCAUCAGGCUCUAGCUCACCCGUGUGGGUUCCGUCACCCUGUGACAGUGGCAUCAGCGAUGAUCCCCUCUCAGACCACUUGGACAGUCCUCCUCCUUCCUCCAACCUGCUUUUGGACUCUUUCUUCAUGUCUCAGCACCAACACCCUUUUCCUGUAUCUCCUCGUCCUGAUCUUCAUCCUCCUCCCCAAUCACAAGAACAUCAGCACUCUGAAUGGGCUUCAAGCUCCUCUGACAGAGACGUUUCCAUUCACGUGGAGGCCUGGGAGUCAAGUCUGUCCUUGUAUAGUUCCACGGUUCCUCAAUGUGUGCCAAAAGCAGGUCCGAACCCUGAUGCCUCUUCAGUUUUCCAGCUUAGUGUGAAGGAUCUGCUUCUCUCAAACUUGGGAGACACUCCCAAGCAGUCCUCUGAGAACUUGCUGCAGGAGCUCAUUCUUAAUGAAGAUGAAAAGAAACUUUUAGCUAAAGAAGGCGUUUCUCUGCCCAGCCAGUUUCCACUCAACAAGUAUGAAGAAAAGAUGCUGAAAAAAAUUCGCAGAAAGAUUCGAAACAAGCAAUCUGCUCAGGAGAGCAGAAAGAAGAAGAAAGAAUAUGUUGAUGGCCUAGAAGAAAGAAUGACUGCUUGCAGUGCCCAGAAUACGGAGUUGCAGAAGAAAGUGAUUCAGCUGGAGAAAACCAACAUGUCUCUAAUGGAGCAGUUACGAAGACUGCAAGCCCUGGUCAUGAACAGCUCUAAUAAACCUGCUCAGACUGGCACGUGUAUCCUGGUGCUACUGCUGUCUUUCUCUCUCAUCCUGUUCCCAAGGUUCCAACCACUGUCGCACAGCAGGAAUGGCGAUCCAGCAGACUUUAGCACAGCAAAAGUUCAGUCACGUUCACUGCGCUCUGUGUUAGAGAUCCAUAGUCUGCAACCAGUAUCCUCAAUGGACAGGCAUGUGGAAACAGCCACGAACAUCAUUUCUAAGAUGCACGUCAGGCCUGAAUAUGCCGAUAUGGACCGCUUACACCACAACCAAAGUUAUGGAGAUCACAGGAAGUUACAGGAACAUCAUCACCACGGUGACCCAAUCACUGGGCACAUGGCCAUCCUGGGUUGGCAUAAUUCACAGCCAUGUCAUUCGAAAGAAAGGAAAUGAUGUGGACAAUUUAUUUCUUUUAAGUUUUAUUUGUUGCUCAUAUAGAAGAAAAUGUGAGCCCUUGUUUUUGCAGAACCUGACUGGUUCAGAUAAAAGCAGCAUUGUACUCAUUAACAGAGAGUUAAGAUUGUUUUGAUAGUCUCGUUAUCAUUACAAUAUUGACAUCUGACUUGUAUUGGUAUGAGUAAAUGAGAGAAAUGAAAUUACAAUAGUAGUUUUCAUGAAUCAAGAUUUUGCUCACAGUGUGGAGUGAUCAAUAAUAGCUGUAGGAAAGUUGUAUUGUGUUAUUGGCCUUUCUUCUACAUCUAAAUGUCAAACAGAGGUUCUGGCUCAUAUUGGCUUGAUGUCAAAUCUAUGUUGCUCCAUUUAAGAUAUUUAAGAUAGCUAGUUCAAGUAGAGUCAUGAUGACAGCAGUAAGAACAAGGAUUAGGUGUAAAUCUUUGCUGUCAUGACGGAAUCAACAAUCAUAUGAUCAUUGAAGAAAUGCUAAAUUUAAAAAUCAAAUCAACAAAACAAACAUACAAGCAAAAAAAAAAACCUAUGACAAAUCUGUAUAAAUCAAUGGAAAUAGAAAGGCAUCUGUAAAACCACAAAGUUAAAUAUAAUGAAAUUAUAAAGUAAACUAAGGAAACUAUAACGAUAAAAGUUGGGUAUCUACAGCAUUGUAUGACAUUCAUUUGCAUUUUCAGCUAAAGGCGAAAAAAUGUACAGGGUGCAUGCACACGGGAUGUUGGAAUGAAUCAUGCUAAAAAAUUUUUUUGACUUUUUUGUGUAUCUUAAUUGUUAAUUCCUUAUACAUUUUAUUCAAAGCGGUACAACACAAUGCUCUUGUCUGUAUCUGUGUAACUGUAUUUGUAUUCAGUUGUAAAUAUGACAAAUGCAUUGUAAAUAGGCAUCCUUUACAUU